AUGGACGAAUACACCGCAGAGAUAUUCUCCGGCCAAGAUGGCGGUGGUGUUGGUGUCACCAAUGGUGAGGACCAAGGCCCCUCGAGCAGCGUAGAAGCAGAGGAGCAGCCGUCUGUUAAGAUGAACAGUGGAAAGGCGGAGUCGACUCCAGGGCCUUCUCUGCAGGACCGGCUGCUUGCCAGGUUUCUCCAGCAGCUGGUUCCGUCAGAAGAUGGCGGCAGUGAUGAUGAAGACAAUACUGAGGCGUCGGCAUCUUUAGAGAGGCCUCCUUUUAGUCUACCUACGAUGACCAACAACUUCCGACGAUUUAAUGCAAGAAUCGGAAUAGUAUUUCGAUUCCAGUAUAACGUGAUUAAGCUUCUAUCCUGGAGCCACCGAACCCAAACAUGGUCUCUGAUUUGUGUAUACUCAUUCAUUUGCCUCGACCCGUACUUGUUGGCGGUGCUCCCAUUUGUCCUUAUCCUUCUUUUCAUCAUGAUUCCAGCCUUCUUAACAAGACAUCCUCCGCCGCCUCCCUCAACUUCAACCUCCAGUACGACCCCAUACUACUCGUAUGAGGGUCCUGCGCUUGCUCCUGCCAGAACUAUAAAGCCCGCUCCUGAGACAUCGAAGGACUUCUUCCAUAACAUGCGAGAUUUGCAAAACUCAAUGGCGGAUUUUGCCGUCCUUCACGAUGCGGCUGUGUCACUCAUUGCUCCAGCUACGAACUUCUCCAAUGAAACCUUGUCUUCGUCCCUGUUCAUUGCAUGCACUGGCUGUGCGGGUGCCGUCUUUCUCGUAUCACGUCUCCUUCCCUGGCGUUUCAUCAUGUUAUUCCUUGGGAAUGCUCUCAUCCUAUCGAAACAUCCGAACAUGAAGCCUCUUUUUGAAAUGGUCCAAACUACAUUCGCGUCACACAGUGCAUCGCAUGGUAAUGCUGAAGGCGAACAGAAAUCCACAUUUGACAUUUUUGGCUACUCUAUACCCUUAACCGUAUCCGGCUUAAUGAAUCUCCUUGACUCUAUCACUGCUAUAUCCCUUUCUGCAGAGCCAGAGGAGCGAGAGGUUGAGAUUUUUGAACUACAACAUAAAACAUAUUCUUUGUAUUCAGCAUCACCCGAAUGGGAGCCGUUUUUGUUUACAUCUACCCCAUACGACCCUCUUUGUCCUUCUCGUAUAUCGGGAGAUCGCCCUCGAGGCUCAAGGUUUUUCGAGGAUGUGAGACCCCCUCCUGGAUGGGUCUGGAAGAGCAAAAAAUGGGAAUUAGACCUCGAAUGUCGGGAGUGGGUAAUGGAGCGCAUGGUGACUGGGGUAGAGUUCGAAAUUCCUGACAGUAAUGAUGGGAUUAUUGGUGAGGAAGUUGGAGGCUGGGUAUGGGAUCUGCCCUUUAACCCACCAAAUGAAGACCACCUUGCCGCCGAUAUCCUGGCAUAUACUGACUCGUGGGAGAGCCCAAGAAGUAAGGCACAACUGUCGCCCCAAACUAAUAAGCGCUCCAGCCACGUAGAUAAGCCGGAAUGGGAGGAAGCUACGAAGCAAGUUGAUAGAGCCGGCGACUGGAGGAGAAGACGUUGGGUUAGAGUUGUGCGAAGAAUGACCAUUGAUGAAAAGGCAUUGAAAGCUACGCCACUAUCCUCUUAG